AUGAUAACUCAGAGGGCAGUACUCCCACAAUAUCACACCAUCCAGCCGUCAAACAGGCAAUGCCGCCACCACGCAGAGGUGCUGCACGUCAUACGCAAUCGUGAUGGCGCCUACUUCCGUCUGUUGUGCGGCAGACUCUUGGCUCCUUCCACUCGCCUUGUCUCUGUCUCCUGUUCAGAGUCUUUGCUCAGCCUAUCCCACAGGGCCUCAGCAUCCUUUCUCGCCUCCACAUACGCGGCACGUGCCCAAACCGCUAUCUUCUCUGGCGCGUCACGCUCCAACCGUGCCGUCUUCUUCGCCACGCGCUCGAUGAUCGGCGCCCGUGAACCCUCCGAAACAACUGCAGAGAGCAAUAGACGUUUGAGGUAG